GUGUUAGCAGGACCCCAUGCUGAUGGGACCAGUCCCUGUCUUUAAAGGGGGACGACAAAUAGUCGACACAUUUUCUUUAGUGCGUGAGACUGAGGGCCUAUUGUCUCACGUGUGUCCUCCUUAUGGGACAUAUGGCCUGUCCUGAAUUACAACUACUGUCUUAGAUUACACACAGAGGAGCAGUGGUUUCUAACCUGGGCAAAGUUGUAUUUAUUUUACCAAACUUUCCUCUUAUCUCUGCUUUUUUCCUUCUGACAUAUUUGAUCAUUUUAACUCUUUGGACCUUUAAAAACGAUUGAGUUGAUUGAGCUCUCUUUGGUUGGAACUGCUUCACAGCUGGUACACAUGUAGAGGUGCCGACCCAGGAAUCACAAGUAGAUAGGGCUGGAUAUCCGACCUGUUGACUAAAAGGAUUUUGAUAUUCCACAGAACUGAACAUAGUCCUCUAUGAAAUUCCUGCUGUCUUUCACUCAGACAAAGCUCUUGUUCGGCUUUCCAUGUUAAGGCUACAUCAGUGAGGUGUUCUAGCUGUUCUGUAUUGUGCUUCAGUGAAGUUGAGGAACUUUUAAGGGACGUAUUAAAAAGAAGAAGAGUGACAGUCAAAGCAGCAGAGAAGAAGAUAUCCUGACUUGACUCCCUAGUAUGAGUCAAGCUCCAAAAACACCCAAACUCAAAUGCUGUAUUGGCACCAGUAUUGAAACAUUUGAACAAUAACCAGCCUUACAGGUAGAUGUUGCUUUGUUUUAAAGGUUAAAGUUGGGAAACACUGCCACAGAAUAUAGAUCAUCUGUGCCCAUUUCCUUUGAUAUUCAUGCACCACCCCGAAUCUGGAUUUUAAGUUCUGUUCUCUCUAAUUCUGCCACUUGAGACAGUUAUGUGUGCUCAUUUUGUCCAGCCCCUCUCUCUCUGAUGUGGGACACAAUGAGCAGUGCAGUGUCUCGCAGUGGACGAGGAGCUUUUGUUUGAGCUGGCUCCCGGCCUAUUGAUCAGCCGUAACCCACCCCCUCCUGCCUCUCUUCCCUUGUAAAGUGUGUGUACGUGUGUGAUCUCUGGAGCUGUGCGCUAACAGCAGCGCUUCAGCUGCCUGCUGAGCUGUGCAGCAGACGCACACACACAAAAGGUGUCGCCCGCCCCGCGAGCAUCGCAAACCAAGCAAAAAGUUUGAUUAUGGAACAGGAGAAGAAGAAGAAGAAGAAAAAGAAGGAAUGAAACAAGGGUGGGAGAGAUAAAAGAGGGGAAAGACGUAGAGGAGGCACUUGAUGCGGAACUCCCAGCUCCUUGUAAUUUGCUGCCAGAGGGAGGAGGGAGGAGGAGUCAGGGGGAGGGGAAUACCCAGCAGGGAGGGAGCAGGAGAGAGCAGAGGCCACUCACUCUGACACACACACAUGCAAACACACACAUGAACACUUUAAGGCACUCACAUGCACACAGUUGAUGUGUUGCCACAGGAGAGAGGGAGGGAGAGAAGUGCUCAGAAAGAGAAGCAGACAGAGGAGAUCCUCAGCAAAACUACAGUGAGAGAAAGAAAAGAAGGAACACAUCCACCAGGAGGAGUGUGUUUAUGUGUGUGUGUGUGUGUGUGUGUGUGUGUGAUGUGUGUAUGCUUAGGUGGAAAAAACCAGAGAGCGUAUGGUCCUGUUGGUAUUUUGCAGGAGCGGACUGGACGUCUGCUCCCAGGAGAGAGGAUUCACAAUGACUGAGAGAAUUUGGGAAAUCUAAGGGAAUUUUCAUGCUUCGCUGGGAAUACCGACUGGAAUAAUCUGGAUAUGUGAGAUGCUCGGGAAGUACUGUUUUCACCCAAACCUGCGCUUUUAAAACUCACCCUUAUUUAAUUCUCAUUCCUGUUCAAGGAGAGCCAAACCAGCCACAAUGCCUACUGACGAUUAUAACUACCUGCCUGAUGCGUUGCCUCCUCUUCCUGAAGUCCCGGACUCCGGCUCUGUCCUGAGCUCCGUUGACAUCCCGGCCCGCUGCCUCCGCAACCCAGCCUUCCGCCACGCCUCCUCGCGCUACUGCUCCGCCCUCAGCAUGGACUCUUCUCCCGACAGCGCCGAAAGGCCCAUCAGCUACAGCUCCACCUCGUCGUCUGCCUCCUCCCGGGACAGCCACUGCUCCCUGGGCAGCCGCUCCACCCUCGUCCCCGCCCCUCACUGUAACCCGGUGACCCCUGACCGGGACUCCGGGGCGAUUCGGUUGGAACUGGUCCCUGCCCGGCAGCUGGGAUGCAGGGAGGAAGAGGACAGGAACGAUAAAGGGAUGGACAUGGGGAGAGGGCAGGGGAGACAGAGCAGCGAACAGACUCCGACAGAACAUUCAGAGCCUAAGCUGAGUCUGGAGGGAGGUGAGCAGACGGGUCAGGGACCCAGGACGUAUGUGGACCGAGUGGUGCAGGAGAUACUGGACACAGAGAGAACAUACGUCCAGGACCUGCGAAGCAUUGUUGAGGACUACUUGGAGUCUAUCAGUAACCAGUCUCGACUGGCCUUGAGCUCCGAGGAUAAAGGUUCUCUGUUCGGCAACAUCCAGGACAUCUACCACUUUAACAGGGACCUUCUUCAUGAUCUUGAGAAGUGUAAUGCCGACCCCGUGGCCAUCGCAGAGUGCUUCGUAUCCAAGAGUGAAGAAUUCCACAUUUACACCCAGUACUGCACCAACUAUCCACGGUCGGUGGCUGUGCUAACAGAGUGCAUGAGGAAUAAGGCGUUGGCCAAGUUUUUCCGCGAGCGCCAGGAAUCUCUGAGGCACUCCUUGCCCCUGGGCUCCUACCUGCUCAAGCCAGUGCAGAGGAUCCUUAAGUACCACCUACUGCUGCACGAGAUAGCCAACCACAUGGAGAAGGACACAGAGACCUAUGAGGUUGUGCAGGAAGCCAUAGACACCAUGCAGAGAGUGGCCUGGCACAUCAACGACAUGAAGAGGAAACACGAGCACGCUGUCAGGCUGCAGGAAAUCCAAAGCCAGCUGACCAAUUGGAAAGGCCCUGAUCUGAUCGGCUAUGGAGAGCUGGUUCUUGAAGGAACAUUUCGCCUGCAGCGAGCCAAGAACGAGAGGACCCUUUUCCUGUUUGACAAGCUUCUGCUGAUCACCAAGAAACGAGAAGAAACCUACACGUACAAGGCUCACAUCCUGUGCUGCAACCUGAUGCUGGUGGAAGUUAUUCCAAAAGAGCCGCUGAGUUUCAGUGUGUUUCACUACAAGAAUCCCAAACUGCAGCACACAGUCCAGGCAAAAUCACAGCAAGACAAGCGCAUGUGGAUCUUACACCUCAAGAGACUCAUACUUGAAAACCACCCUGCCAAAAUCCCUGCCAAGGCCAAGCAAGCUAUUCUGGAAAUGGAUGCAAUGCAUCAUCCUGGGUUUCAUUACAGCCCUGAUGGUGACAAGAAGGAUUCGCCUCAAACCAAGGAGGGCCCAACACCUCGAAGAGGACGGAGGAAAGAACCUCUAUCAAAAUUACUGAAGAAUGCCAAGCAGAAUGCUGCAAAUGCAGACGGUGAAAAGAGAACAAGUCUGGGUGCCACCCUGCUCUCUCCAGUGUCCCAGCUGGCUCUGGGCACAAUUGGUCGCAGCCGCAGCCUCAUCAACCAAUCGCAGGAGUCCCUGGACCCCGGAGAUCACUAUGACCACAGCGACAGAGAGGAAGGAGAGGAGCCACAUCAGCAGGAUGCCGACGAUGAGGAUGACAGUGGUCUGGGAGGUGGAAAGAGGCUGCGAGUCCCUGGAAAAAGUAGUAGGAAGAGGCUGAACCCUCAGGCGUCUGUUGAUAGCAUAGAGCAAUGGAAAACCUUCAACAUGAGCGCCUCAGACCUACAGAAAGCGAGAGAAUCCCUGGUGAGGGAAGGUAGCCACCACCCGCCACUCCUCAGGACACCUCACGUGACAGAGGAACCUCCAGACUCCCCUAUCCCCUCUGUAAUAGUCACAGAAACAGACCACUCAGUGAGGAACAUCUGGGCAGACCAUCGGGCUCGCAGGGCUAUGUUCCCCACCCGUCAGCGAACCAUGCAGCCUGAUGAUGAGGAGGAGGACAUCUACCAGAUGUUUGUUCCCACAGAGCCCGGCGGACCAGAACCAGAGGUCCCCUCAGAGAGGUCAGAGGCCCCCUCGUCGCCCAGGACAGCCCGUCCCUGCAGCUGGCAUGUUGAGCAGGUGCCCGCAGUGCAGAUUGAUCCCCCACCCAAUGGGAGCAGAGUCCUGCGGAGGGCCAGCAGUGCAGGGGAGAAGGCUACAGAGGCUCGACAGAGCCCCGACAAUGACCAGGCCGAUCACAGCAACCUGGAGGUGAUUCACACUGAGUCAUCCAGCAAUGACAUAUCUGGAUCAUCCUCAGCCGAGCAGCUGACGAUAGAUGAUAUUGAAAAUGUGUAUGACAACAUCAGCUAUGAGGACCUAAAGAGCAUGGGCCUCAUUAGGAGGGACCCGGAGGAAAGUCAGUCACGGAAGGAGACAUCAAUAAAUGCAAAGGGUUCCCAGAGCCAGGCAGCAAGGGUACUAAAUGAGGUUUCAGGGGUGGAAGAGCCUAUGAUUGAACCAGACAGUUCCUCUGAGAGCAACCGGUCCUCCACACAGGAGGUGAAGCAGUUUGGGACCUGUGAGCUCAAGAUAGUGGAGGAGAACAUCUACGAUACCAUCUGCUUCAGGGAACCACCAUCAACAGAGCUUAAAGGAAUGAAUGAGGGCAAUAAACUCAAACAAGAGAGGGACAGUCUGCUGGCCUCUGAACAAGACCUGACUGAAAGUCUAGGAGGGUUUGUAUCUGAGGAAAGCCUCCACUUUGGAGAGGAUGAAGGACCAGACAUCUCCCAUCCUGUUCUGGGUUCCUCUGAGCCAGAUUACUCCUCCUCUUCUGCCUCUGAGACUUUCUCCCAGCGCUCGCAGAAAGGGGAUAAGAUGUCAGAGCAGGUGGAUGAGAUCUGGAACGACUUAGAAAACUACAUCAAGAACAACGAAAAGAAAGCCGAUCGACUUCCUGCUGCCUUCCCUGUCAGUGCCAGUGAGUCUAAUAAUAAGGCCCUGUCAAUCAAAAACAGCCCUAAAAAGAGCCCCCCAGUAAUUAGUCCCCAAGCAACCAGCCCCCCAACCAAGAGUCCCCCAGCACAUCAGUCUAAACCCCCACCCAUCAUGUCCACACCAUCAUUCACCAUUCCAGUCAUCAACCUCCCUGAUCCUCAAAAUGAAGGCACCAUGGAAGAAGAACACCACAGCCCUCCUCCCACUUCACAGACCCCUCCCGUGACCCCAGAACCCCUCCCAGGCACAGUGAAGAGCAUCCGUAACAGACUGGCUCGCCUCAGCAGCGGCAGCUUCCGUCUGGAGGAUGACGACCUGGUGGAGCUUCCCCAACGAAACCCCGCGCAGAGGGAGAAUCCCCUCAAGGACCUUCAUAGUUUGUUUCCAGGGGAGCUGGCAGGUCUGGACUCCCCCCUGGCCUCCUCCUCUCUCCUGCUGGGUGAGUCUGUGGACUUCCCCCUGGAGCUUAUGGAUAAAACAAAGAGCAGGGUGUUCCUGAUGGCACGGCAGUACAGCCAGAAGAUCAAGAAAGCCAACCAGCUGCUGCGCAUGAGAAGCAUGGACCCUGGAGACUCUUGUAGUCGGGCCAGAGCUGAGAAGAGGCAGAAAGACCUGGCAGCCAUCUUAGAGGAGAAGAAACAAGGAGGCGCAGCCAUAGGUGCAAGAAUAGCAGAGUACUCCCAGCUCUAUGACCAGGUAAUGUUCAAGGAUCCUCCUAGUCCUGCUGGUCAGACCUCUGCUACCCCACACCACACCCAUCCAGGCCUGCCGUCCUCCCCAUCCAUGCCUGAAACCUCCCUGGAGGAGGACUGGCUCCACUCCACAUACAGCAACGGAGAGCUGGCCAGCUUCAUUUCCUCAGCCAACGAGGUGGGGGAGGCUCGAGCGUCUUCCACCCCGCAGCGCAGGCUAACUUCCGCCUGCUCCAUCCCUUCCCUCAAGUCUUUCCCUCCCUCUCCGACCACCCCACCUACCCAGAGGUGGAGUUCGUGCAUGUCGGCGCCAAGCGAGAAAGAGGAGCACGUGUACAGUUCCAUUAAGAGACAUCCGUCCUUUAACGCACCGUCUUUGCCCCCUUCGAAGUCGUCCCCAUCCAGUCACUCUCAGUCGGUUGGCUCUCUGGGAAGCCAGCAGCAGGAGAAGAAUGACCAGUCUGGACUCAAAUGCAGAUCCACUGUGGAUCAAUCCACAGACAGACUCCAUGGCCCCAGUCUGGGCCGGGCUGGCCGGCAGAGCAGCCUCCCAGAGCGGUCUACCCAGGGACAGUCGGACCUCACCUUACAUGACGGUCAGCAGGUGGUGGUCCUGAACCGGGCAUCUGCGCUGAGCAUACUCACCGCCACCCAGAACUACCUGGCCAACUUCAAGGACAAUGGGGAAGAUGAUGACGACUAUGUAGAGAUCCGCUCCGAGGAUGAGAGCGAACAGGAGCACGACAGGUUGGCACAGAAAAAUGGCAGUUCAGUGGCUCUUUCCAAUCAGAAUCGGGGUCUCGUCCAUUCCCAGAGUCUGCCGUGCACCCCGGUGCACUCCUGCGACCCACUUAGGUCCCUAGACCGUGAGCAUUUGGAGAAAUACCUGUGGAGCGAGCCACAGCAGAGCCAAUCCAAUAUCGUCCAGUCUCUGAGGGAGAAGUUUCAGUGUCUGAGCUCCAGUAGCUUUGCCUGAAGCCACACGACAACUUAAAGCCAAAUAUAUAUAUUAACACACAGCAUAUAGAGACAUAAGGGACACUGCUGCUUUGCAUCGAAUGCCCCACACCAUACAACAUCAUAGUCCACAAACAAAAAUAAAUACUACACCUUAUUAAACGUAACACAUCUCAACAUAGAUCAGAAGCAACUUCUUUGAUUUCCUUUUUGUUUGUAACAACUUCUGUGAAUACUUUCUGUUACAGGGCUUCAAAAUAAAAGACAUGAUAGGUUACUAUUAAUGGUCAGAAUGUCACAUCAAAGCGUGCAUGUGAGCUGCCUUAGCGCUUCAGGUUCAAACAGUCGUUUCAUGUUUGUUUCAAAGAGUAGUGAUCUGGGUGGGAAAGGUUAGCAAAAAGGUUCCCAGUUGCUUGUAAAGGCAGUCAGUGUGACUGAAUGGGUUUUAAAAGGAAUUCAUACUGUUUUAUUGCUUUACAUGCCAGCCUUGUAGAGAUAACCAGAAUCACCUGAAUUCAUCCUGCGAGAAGGACUUGUGACAAUAAACUGUUGUACAGAUAAAGUAGUUCGGGAUAUCUGUUUCUGAUUGUAAGAAACUGAAUCUUGUCUGUACCCAACAUCUCAAACUGAAGAACAAGCAUCAAGAAUCAGACGAUUUUUGGCGGCUGUUAACUCCCUGUGUCAGGAGUACCUCUUUAAUCUUGAGGUCUUUCUUUUAAUUCACUCUUAAGGUUAUUUUAACUGCAUUUUCGACACUAACUAAAUCUGUGUAGGAGAGGUGAACCACAGUGAUGGCUAGUGUUUUUAAUUGUGCUUUACACUAUCAAACAGUUCUGAGCAAACAGCUUUUACAAAUUUGCGGUUCAAAUUUGCAAUUGUCACAUUUGCUACUCAGGCUAGUUUGUCACUUUUAACAGCUUUUUAGCAAUAAUUGUAACAAAAAGGAUGCAACUUGUAAAGAAAAAAUGCUGGCUAUUACAAGAUCCAGUAGGUUAAGUAUAACUAGACUUAGACCAGUAAGUCUAUUUGAACUUCUUUCAUUUCAGUCUACCUACCACCUUUGUCAUCAAUAGGGUAUUGUGCUUUAAAAUCAAGAGAGGAUGCUGAUAUUUUAGAUAAUCUAUAAGAAACUGUAGGACUUUUAUUUAUUUUGAAUCUGUGAGUAAAUCAGAGAUGUUUUUACGUCUAAUCGUCUGGGGGCAUCCAUCGUGUAAAUCGAGUGAAAUGUGCAUCUCAACAAGUGGAUGAUGUUUUUAUUUUUAAAUCAUAUUAAGUUUAACCUUUGUUUUCAAGAGGGACCACGAAGGAGAGCAUUAAGGAGAGAUAGUUAAAAAACUACAGUACUGUAUUUGGUGUUUUUUUUUUUUUUUUGUUUGUUUGUUUUUCAAAAUUCAAAUGGAUAGUCAACCGUUUGUUUACUUUGUUUACGUUAUGGGACACUCCCAGCUGUCACACUACUGAUACUACAUCCACUCUCACAGAAAGACCGGUUCAUACAACACAAUUGUUUUUUCUCCCCUUGAAGCGUACCCAGUAUUUACCACACACCUGUUAAAACAGUGUAAUUUCUUUAAAAAGAUCACUAAAUGUGUCCUAUUUAUUUGAAACAAGAGUCAUCCCUGCCCAUUAUCACUAUUACUUCAAGCCACAGACAGGUUGUAAAUGAAAGUAAAAUAUAUUUAUUAAAAGAUGGUUUUAUUCUCAUUUAAGGGCACUCACAAAAUUUGAAUCAGAUACUGUGAAUAUUUUCAGAAAUGGCAUUUCUUUUUUUUUUUUUUUUUUAUCAGGCACUGCUUAAUUACAAGUUCCAAAUCACUAAAACACGUGAAAAGUUGAGAAGCACAAUAUCAUGGCUUACUGUUCAUAUCAGGAAAUGUGCAUCAAACACGAGUUAGGAAUAUGAAGUAUGUUUUGUUUUUGCUCUUUUUGUUGUUGUUUUUGUUUUUGUACAUUUGUUAUCCUCUGUUUCACUGGUGGGGAUUGUCAGUCUUCAUUGACUCUUUUUUGCACUUUUCUGUCUUUUUUACGUUUUAUUUGUAAACACUUUGUAAAGAUGUACAUUUUAGGAAACUUAUUCUUGUAUGCCAUAGGUAUGCUUUAUAAUGCUUUAAUGUUUAAGUUAAGUGUACUGUAUUUUUUUAACUGCCUAGUUGUCAUUGCUCAACAAAACAAUGUAUUGGAGGUAAUAAAUUCAGAUUAAACUCG